GAGAUACAACAUCUACCUCAGCCUUCUCCGACUGAGACUUGCCACCCCGCGCCAACUAUCGGCAUACUAAUCACCCGGUAUAACUUGGAGAAGACCUGAAUGGAAGGGUAAACAUCCACUUCACUAUCCUAUCCAAAUCCAAGUGCUCGAGCUUUCUUGAGUCUCAGUAAUACUCACUCAUCGUUGGCCUGCAACAAUGGCUCGCCACGGGGAUACUCGCUCACCAUCACCUGUAGGCAGCACAUACUCCUCAUCCAGACGGAGUCGCAGAGACGAUGAUCGCUAUGAGAGGAGCAGGCGCGACGAUGGCAGGAGUUACCGCCGCUCACGCAGUCCAGAGCGACGAUAUCGUGACCGUGAACGCGAUCGCGACCGAGACUCCUACCGGAGGCGCGACCGCUCCGUAGACAGACAUGACGACUACCGCGAUGAAGACAGUUAUCGCCCCAGCCGUCGGGAUCGCUCUCGCGAUCGGCGCCGAUCCAGAGACCGAGACGAUCAGCGGGAUUACCGCCGAAGAAGCCGCGAUAGGGACUAUCGAAGCAGGCGAGAAGAUUCCCGGGAUCGGGCACGGAGACGGACAGAUGAUUCUGCUGACUUGAAGCACAAGUCUAGACGGGACGACAGCCGGGAUCGGGCCAGACGCUCGCGGUCCAGGUCUCGUGAUGCAUCAAAACCGUCGACUCCAGCAACACCCGCCGCCCAAACAGAAGACGAGAAAAGGGCGGAACGGCGCGCGAAACUGGAGGCAUGGAAACAGAAACAAGCCGCGGAAAAGGAGCGCAAACAGCGGGAAGCUGCGGCGGCUGGAGGAGCUAGAAGCAUUCUAGAGGAGAUCGAUAGAAAGUCUGGUCUAUCGCCGGCUGUCGGUUCGCCUCAAUCUCCGGCAACGCCGGCUGUUGAAGUGGCACCCGCUACGUAUGCAGGAAAGUUUGACCCGAAGGCUAUCGCAAAGAAGGGAACAUCCACAUCUUCGCCCGCACCGGCUGUGUUGGGCAAUGAUGUUGCUGUUCCACUCCCGUCAAAGCCCUCCGCCACGACCUCUGGCAGUCCUGCUCCAGCCACGAGCAGCUCUUCAUCCACCUUAAAGGCCAAGGGUAAUGUAGGAAGAUUUGGGCUAGGAACCAGGCAGGCUGGGGAGGCCGAGAAGUCCACUGCUACACGAACCUUGGGAUUCGGAGAGGAGGAGUCAACGCGACGGAAGCUCGAGAGGCUACCCACCCCGCCUCUAGAGGAUUCGAAAGAUAUCAACGGAACCACAGGUGGCGGGGCUGAAGACGAGGAUGAGGAUGACGUCGACAUGCAUGAGGGGGGCACCGAGGAAGAGAAUGCGGCAGCUGCGCGGGCAGCGGCCGAACGACGAGAGGAGCGUUUGCAAUUGGCUCAAUCCACGGACACCUCGCAGGAAGCUAAUGGUGAUACUGUCAUGGAAGACGCAGCUGACAACCAGGCUCCCGACAGCAUGGAAGUUGAUGCUCAGGAAGAAGAGGAGGAAGUCGAUCCAUUAGAUGCUUUCAUGUCCGAACUAGCCGAGACUGCUCCUCCGAAGAGAGCGGGUGGCGCGAAGUUCUCGCGCGCCAAGGCACAACAGCCCGAGGCCAUCUUCGGUGAUGAGCACGAUGUCGAUGUGACGGCUGUUGGCGAAGGAGAUGCCGAUGACUUCCUUGCGAUUGCCAACAAGGCAAAGAAGAAGAAGGACAUCCCCGCGGUUGAUCACCACAAAGUAGAAUACGAGCCGUUCCGGAGAAAGUUCUACACCGAACCCUCUGAUCUGGCGCAGAUGAGUGAGGAGGAAGCCGCAAGCCUGCGGCUGGAACUCGACGGCAUCAAAGUUCGUGGUGUGGAUGUUCCGAAGCCAGUGCAGAAGUGGUCUCAGUGUGGCUUAGGUGUGCAAACUUUGGAUGUGAUUGAAAAGCUUGGGUAUGAGAAAACCACCUCCAUCCAAGCGCAGGCCAUUCCUGCGAUCAUGUCUGGCCGAGAUGUCAUCGGUGUGGCGAAGACAGGUUCGGGCAAAACGAUUGCGUUCUUGAUUCCCAUGUUCCGGCACAUCAGGGAUCAACGGCCGUUGGAGAAUAUGGAGGGCCCUGUCGGUCUAAUCAUGACGCCUACCCGCGAGCUGGCAACACAGAUCCACAAGGACUGCAAGCCAUUCCUCAAAGCCCUCAACCUUCGGGCUGUCUGUGCGUAUGGUGGAGCUCCCAUCAAGGACCAGAUUGCGGACCUCAAGCGUGGCGCUGAAAUAAUUGUCUGCACGCCCGGACGCAUGAUCGACCUUCUCGCAGCCAACGCUGGCCGAGUCACGAAUUUGCGUAGGGUCACAUACGUCGUUCUCGACGAGGCCGACCGUAUGUUCGACAUGGGAUUCGAACCGCAAGUGAUGAAGAUCAUGGCCAACAUUCGACCUGAUCGGCAAACUGUUCUGUUCUCCGCCACCUUCCCGCGGAACAUGGAAGCGCUGGCUCGCAAAACACUUACCAAACCGAUCGAGAUUGUGGUCGGCGGUAAGAGUGUGGUCGCACCCGAGAUCACGCAGAUUGUCGAGGUGCGCAACGACGACCAGAAGUUCGUACGCCUGCUGGAAUUGCUUGGCAAUCUGUACUCGAACGAAGAGAAUGAGGAUGCGCGGGCUCUCAUCUUCGUCGAUCGCCAAGAGGCCGCCGAUACGCUCCUCCGCGAGCUCAUGCGUAAGGGCUACCCAUGCAUGUCUAUCCAUGGCGGCAAGGACCAGAUCGAUCGUGACUCAACGAUCGAAGAUUUCAAGGCUGGUAUCUUCCCGGUUUUGAUUGCUACCUCGGUUGCGGCGCGCGGACUCGAUGUCAAGCAGCUUAAGCUUGUCGUCAACUAUGAUGCGCCCAACCAUCUCGAAGAUUAUGUUCACCGUGCUGGACGUACUGGACGGGCCGGAAACACCGGAACGGCUGUCACCUUCUUGACGGAGGACCAGGAACGGUACUCGGUCGACAUCGCGAAAGCGCUCAAGCAGAGUGGACAGAAGAUCCCGGAACCGGUGCAAAAGAUGGUCGACUCAUUCUUGGAGAAAGUCAAAGCAGGCAAAGAGAAGGCUAGCGCAUCCGGGUUUGGUGGUAAGGGUCUGGAACGACUGGAUCAGGAGCGUGAUGCUGCGCGUCUGCGUGAACGACGCACAUACAAGACCGGCGAAGAAGGGGAGGAGGAAGAGGAGAAGGACGAGAAGAAGAACGAACAAGCUGAAGACCGGUUCAGCAAGGCCAUCUCAUCCGUCCAGGCCACGGCGUCAGCAUCGACCAGUAUGCCGGGGGUUCCCAAGGGUAUCGAUCUGGAUGGCAAGAUCACGGUGCACAAGACCGAGAAGGAUCCCAACAGCACGUCGAAGAACCCACUGGACAAGGUGGGCUCGGCUGUUGCGGACAUCCACGCGCGUCUGAGCCGUGCGGGCGUGAUGAGAUCCGGAGUGCCCAUCGACAACCGUGGGCCAGAUGCAGGCGCUUUCCAUGCCACCUUGGAAAUCAACGACUUUCCCCAGAAAGCUCGCUGGGCCGUCACCAACCGCACGAACGUGGCGAAGAUCCUGGAAUCCACGGGCACGUCGAUCACCACGAAGGGCAGCUUCUACGCGACAGGCAAAGAGCCUGGACCUGGCGAGAACCCCAAGCUAUACAUCCUGGUGGAGGGCGAGACCGAGCUGGCGGUCACGAACGCGAUGCGCGAGUUGAUGCGGCUGCUGAAGGAGGGCACGAUCGCGGCGGCGGACAGCGACGCCCGGGCGCCGGUGGGUGGACGGUACAAUGUCGUUUAGUGGCGAGGGUUCGGAGUUUGUAUUAUAGAUACAGUGACCAUGCUUCUUGUCUGCAUUGUAGUAAAAGUAGC